AGAGAGAGAGUGAGUGAGUGAUAUUAAACACGCGAUAUAGUGACGGGGCGGUAGAGCGGCUCCCAGGAUUUUCAUCUUUUUACUUAGGAUGGAGGAGAUCGACAAUAUAAUAGUACACUCGUUGCGACAAAUAGGCUGUGACAUUGAAGAGAGUGUAACAAACUUAAGUGGCUUUAAUACCGAAUUAGUUGUGGAAGCAACAGUAAGAUGCUUAGAAGCGAUAAGACCAGGUUUAGGAUUGUCAACUGUAUUACCUGUAAACAUGGCAGCACGUUUUCGACUGGGUGCUACUCUUGCGCAGACAUGCAUGGAACUUGGAUACCGAGGUGACAUUGGCUAUCAAACAUUUCUAUACAACUCAGAAGCAGAUUUACGGAGGGUGUUCAUGUUUCUUAUUGAAAAACUGCCAAAGGAAAGUGAGAAAACCAUAAACGAGUCUAUGAGUAAGAUUGCAUUGCUAGAAAAGUUGAUUGCAUCUGCGAUAUCACAAGGACUUUUGAUACCAUGGUUACCACAUUAUUGUCACAAAAGGGAAUUUAGAAAUAGAGGAAGAGCUAAUACAUCUUACACAUCUGUAAAUAUCGAAGUACCGGUAGCAAGUGUAGAAGAUGAUUAUAAAGACUAUAAUAUGCGCUAUUUACAACCAGUGCCUGAUCAAAUGCAAAACAUUUCAUGCUUUUUACCUUCCAUAAUAUCGUAUAACGCAAGAGCGCUUAAUACCUGCUCUGUAGAUAUUACAGAGCGCAUAAAUUGGCUCAACAGUCAACAGUCUGAAAAAAAUGUUUAUCCUAAUGCAAGUAACAUUGUUAGUGAGCUUAGUAAGUUCUCAUCAGACAACAAGGCUCAAAUCUCAAAAGAUUCUCAGGUGAAACCAAAAUCUGCAACACAUUCAGUGCUUCCAGAUCAAGAAACAUUGAAGAAUGUGGCAAAGCAAGAGGUUGAGAUAGAAAGCAUGAAAGUGGAGUGCGAGAGUCUUAGAUUAAAUAUAGAAGAAUUACAGAAUGAAAUUAAGAAGUUAACUACUAGAUUAGCACAAGCGACUGUAACCAGCCAAAAUGAAGAGAAAGAGUUGAAAACUAGUGAGGAGCAAAAGAAAAUCAAAGCAAGAACAUACGAACUAUUACAGGACGGCCCAGAAAAUAUAAAGAAAUUGGAAUCCAUAAUAGAGGCUAGCACAAAUAAAUUGAUCAAUUUAGCAAAUCAAUGGGAGAAGCACAGAGUACCUCUAAUCAUAAGGUACAGGCAGGAGAGAGAGAAACACUCUACAAAAGCUAACGCGAGUCAAAAGAAACUAGACGAAAUAAAGCUGCUGAAAGAGAGGGAGAAGGAGCUGCAGGAAGAAUGCCGAAAUAAAGAUCAACAGUAUUCGCAGUUGGUCGCGGAAGUUCAGAAGCUUCCGAGAGAAGUGAACAGAUCUGCAUAUACUCAACGAAUUUUAGAGAUAAUAAAUAAUGUCAGGAAACAACGUGACGAGAUAAGCAAAGUCCUAGCCGAUACUCGAGAAAUUCAGAAGGAGAUUAAUAUGCUUACCGGUAGAGUGGAGAGGUCCUUCACCGUCGUUGAUGAACUGAUUUUUAGAGAUGCGAGAACGAACGAGGCGUCGAGGAAAGCGUACAAGUUGCUGGCAACACUACAUUCUGAUUGCAACGAACUCGUGAGUCUAGUUGAGGAGACAGGCGCGACGAUACGAGAGAUCAGGGACUUGGAAGAACAGAUCGAUACCGAGUCCACGAAGAAUGUAGGCGCCAAUUUGGAGAGAAUAACCGCCGAUUUGAAGCAGAUGAAGCAGGAAACCGCAGCGUUAACGGCACAACUUCAAAGUAAAGCCUCGUGAUCGUUAUGUACAACAUGGCGUCGUUUAACAGUUUGCAAUAUACAGGACCAGAUGGGAAUCUAGUACAGGAUAUAAACGAAUACACACGAUCAAAUGCAUCGAAGACCAAACAUUUUUUUAGCUAUUCAACCAGUAUGAUAAUAUAACGCAAUAUUGCCCAUAAGAGUCUUCACGAAUCGAUUCUAAGUUGGUUGCUAAAGGAAAAAGAAGUUAUACAAAAAAUAUAUGUGCCUUGGCCUGGAGUUGGCAG